UGGGGUGGAGUUGACCACAGACCUUCCUUCCUCCAUCCUCCCACCGCCGUGAAUUGCAGGAGUGGCGGACGCGCGGGGAGAAGAGAAGAGAAGAGAAGAGAAGAGAGAUUCACGCGCGGCGGAGCCCGGCCACCUCCUUCCGACGUCUCCGCCCACGGAGCCAUGGGUUUGACUUCGGCGAAGGGGAUCGCCCUCACCGUCUCCUUGUUUGGCCUCCUCGCGUUUCUGCUCGGCGUCAUCGCAGAAAACAAAAAGCCUCCUUAUGGAACUCCUAUCAAGGGAAAGGAUGUUGUCAUCUGCAAGUUCCCGAGUGACCCAACGAUUGCAAUGGGAAGCCUGUCUAUUGUGGCACUUGUUUUAGCUGCUUUCAUUGGGCACGUUGCCAUCUUUUACCCGUACAAGGGCAAGUCGGUUCCUCGUGGAGCGUUAUUUCAGAGCACCAGCUUGUCUGUGUUCUUUGUUAUUGCUGAACUGGUAUCAGCUCUGGCUUUUGCAAUGCUGCUCUGGGCAACGAUCACGGAGGGUCACCAUCGCACCAGUAACGUUCACCACGACAUGGAUACCCUGUGCCCCACCGCAAAGACCGGCCUCUUUGGAGGUGCCGCUUUCCUGGCCCUUGACGCUGCUCUGUUCUGGCUUGUUUGCCAGAUGCUGGCCCUUAAUGCGAGGGCCGACUAUCUGGAUGAGGAUGAGGAUGAGGAUGACAAGGGCGAAUAUGGCCAGGUUUAUGCUGCUGAUGCCGAUGGCACGAAGGUCUGAGUCAGUUAACUGCAGGAUUUCAAAAAUAGCACCGUUUAGAUAUAUUUUAGAUUCAUUAUGCGUCUUUGAAAAGGUCGGUUUAGUUCUCCAAAAAAUUGUAGAUAUGCCGUGCCAUUCCCGUAGUCGUACAUAAGAUCAUUUCCUCAUUCCAGUUUCAGACUUCAGAUUGAACGAUAAGUUGUGUUCUGGUUUGCUACUUCCCUUUCUGAAUUAAAGUAUCAUGUUAUCUGUGAAUUUUUUAUGUCUGCA